AUGCCAGAAUCUCCACUUCAAAACAUUGAGGAAAAAAAUGUGUUUUCAAAGUUAGAAAAACGUAUUCAAUUUGGGGUGGGACAAAUUCACCUGGCUACUGACUUGUUAAUGGGAAUAAAUACAGUUGAUAUUCGUCAAAAUAUAUCUGACUAUAGAGAUAAAGAAGGGCUGUGGCAAAGGUCUUUUAUUUGGGAAGGUGUAAAACAUUCACGAAAUGAAAAAGAAAUCAGUCCUAUGUUAUGGUGGAAGGAGUUAAGGGGAACAUGUGUAUUGGCUGAUGUAGGUGUGAGAAUAUUAGGAGCACUUGUGACAUUUGCCGCAACUGAAAGACUUUUAGUACUUUCAGUUGGAUUUAUUGUAAAAGAAGAAAUAGACUUAGCACCGAAAGAGCUGGACAAAUAG